CUGUACAGGGAGGUACUGAGCCAGCCUCUCUGCACAGCGGAGGCUUCGGGAGUGCAUCCUCCCGCCCGGCCUCCCUUCCCCUCUGAAGUCAUGGGUCUGCUCGGAGCGGUGCCCCUUCUCCUGCUCUCCUGCAUCACCUUCUUCCUCGCCCUGCUCUGGAGGAGUCACCGCAGCAGGAGCAAGCUGCCCCCAGGCCCCACCCCGCUGCCUUUCGUGGGCAACCUGUUGCUCCAGGUGGACAUUCGGGAUCUCAUUGGGUCUUUCCACAGGCUCCAUCAGCAAUAUGGGCCAGUCUUCACCAUCCACAUGGGCUCCCGGCCCGUCGUCGUGCUGUGUGGCUAUGAAGCCGUCAAGGAAGCCCUCGUAGAUCACGCAGAAGCCUUCGGGGGAAGGGGACUCACGACAGGGCUAGAAAACGACCUGAACAAUUUCGGGAUCAUCACCACCAACGGGGAGCGCUGGAGACAGAUGCGCCGCUUCUCCCUCUCCACCCUCCGGAACUUUGGGAUGGGGAAGAGAUCCAUCGAGGAGCGGAUCCAGGAGGAGGCCCAGUUCCUGGUGGAGGCCCUGAAGAAAACGGAAGGGCGUCCCUUUGACCCCACCUUUCACCUCGGCCAUGCCGUCUCCAAUGUCAUCUGCUCGGUGGUUUUUGGCACCCGCUUUGACUAUGAGGACAAGGACUUCACCACUCUGCUGAACCUGAUCAGCCAAAUCAUCCAGCUGGUGCUUUCCACCAAGGCUCAGCUGGCGGUGUGUUUCCCAGAGCUGAUGCGCAUCGUGCCCGGCUCCCACCACAGACAGAGCGAGUACGAGGAAGAAUUAGUUCGCUUCGUCUCCAAGAGGAUACAGAUGCACCGCGAGUCCCUCGAUCCAAACUGCCCCCAGGACUUCAUCGACUCCUUCCUCACCAAAAUGGAGCAGGAGAAAAACAACCCAGCUUCCGAGUUCCAUGACAAGAACCUGAUGGCUUCCGUCCUCCAUCUGUUCAUCGCAGGGGCAGAGACCGUCAGUACCACACUCCGAUACGGGCUCCUCUUCCUCCUCCGAUACCCAGAAAUAGAAGCAAAAGUCCAAGAGGAGAUUGACCGGGUCAUCGGGAGGAACCGCGACCCCUGCAUGGAGGACCGUAGCCGGAUGCCCUACACCGAUGCCGUCAUCCACGAGAUCCUGCGGUUUGUGGACAUCAACCCACUGGGGACCCCGCAUUCAGUGACCAGCGACACACACUUCCGGGGCUACACUAUUCCCAAGGGCACCACUGUCUUCACUUUUCUGACAACUGUCCUGCGUGACCCCCAGCACUUUGAGACACCCAUGAAGUUCAAUCCUGGCCACUUCCUGGACGAAGACGGGGCUUUCAAGAAGAGUGAGGCCUUCCUGGCAUUUUCGGCAGGGAAAAGGGUUUGCCCAGGGGAAAGCCUGGCCCGCAUGGAGCUCUUCCUCUUUCUCAUCAUGCUGUUGCAAAACUUCCACCUGAAGAAGCUCCAUGACGGUGAGGAAGUCAACAUUUUGCCACAAAAGCAAAGUGCCGGGAAUCAUCCUCGCCCCUACCGGAUUUGCAUGGUUCCCCGCAACAAGGCCUGAGCAGGGAAGAGCCGAGGAGAUCAACUGUGCGGAGCACCACCAGGGAACGCCUGGGUUUGCGCCUGGUCCAAUCCGAAGAGCACUUUGCAGAUUCACGACUAAGCUGGGCGAGGCAAGAUUUGCUGCAGUAAAAGUCACAUCUCGAAAUGAUUUCUGUAAAGCUCCGCUCUUAAUAAAGCAUCUUGUGCAUAGACA